AACAUGCACGCCUCUCUGCUGGUCGUAGCGGUGUUCUACGCUAUCACCGUGUCGCACUCGACGGCGCACGUACAAUGGGGGGACUUCAUGCAAUGCCUGCAGCGGAGGUUCGGCCGGAGUUUCUUCCAGGAACAACACGCCGACUGCGCCGCACGAAAGCUCUUCGUCAACUACAGGCGAUCGAUGUACUGCCAUAAUUGCAACGCCUACUUCCACUGCCAGGGUAACUACGAGGCCAUCUACGACUGUCAGCGCGACGGCCGCGCCCAAGAGGUGGCCGAGGCGUUCAGCGACUGCCGCGAGCACUUGGAAGGCAGCGGCUCGGACAACUUCGUGUACAACGAGAUCGACCUGUACGGCAGACAGGGAGGAAACUGCACGCAGGCCUACCUCGUCGACAGCCCCCGCUGUCACUACAACCCGGCGACCGUGGUCUGCAACAACACGCGCAUCGAGCCGGAGUCCUUCGAAGAGGACGAAUCGUGAUACACUCGCGGCAUCUAUUAAAAUGGACCGACUCAC